AAACGACCAAUACAACGAACACGAUGUACGAACCACCAAGCAGAAAAGAAUAUUUGCCACAUGAUCGGUAUGUUGAUGAGCCAACACCGCCGCCAUCCGUAUUACCACCAACAGCAAGUGAACCAACAAGAAACAAAUAUUACAAAUAUUCAGCAUCAUCAACAACGACUACGACCAAUGCACACAAUCGACCCGAACGUGAAGUAUUGUUGGCUCCAUUUCCAACCGAUGGCAUCCAACAUCAAAAACCAAACCAAGUUGAUGGCCCUCCCAAGCAUCUAGGUCAAUUGUUAGCUUCAUUUGAUGAGAAUACUGGACGAGGUGAUGAGGAACCGUAUGUGGCACGAAAAGAGGUCAACAGUGCAUUGGCCACUAAUAAAGGAAUACCAGUUGUUGAGCCAAAAGCUCCCACAAAAAAUAUUGCUGGCCCACCCGUAUACUAUCCGCCUGGUCAGGAACUAUUUGCCAAGAGUGAAGCUGAAGCCGCCUGGAGAGCAAAGGGUGGUUGGGCCAAGGGUAGCGGCAAAUAUGAAUAUGAAGCCGAAAGUAAAUCGAAGAGUGCAAGCAAAUCUGGGGCUGCUGUUGUACCAGUAUGUUUGCCAUUGUGUUGUGCUAUGCCAUGUACGAUUAUGUAAAAGACCAACCAAAAUAUUAAGUGCACUCGAGUCGAGACAACUUUACUGCACAAAAUAGCACAGCCAAUAAUCGAAGAACAACGAUUUAUUGAACGUGCAUGACAUAUAUAAAUUUUACCCAUUUUAUUUUCUGUACUACUAACAACUGCAUUUCAAACGCAAAUAUGUUUUCUAACAGUCUAAAAAUGUACCGUCUAAGUUUGAACUGGUUUUGUUUUCUUCUUCGAUAUAUACGAAAGGACAAGGACAUUUUUGGAACAUGAAACAUUUGCAUUUGUCUUCAUUGGAAUGCAAAAACUAUCGCUAAAAGUCACUAAUCACUUAUAAUGAACUAAUCCAUUUUCCUGUGUAAUAAUUACAUUUUAAAUGACGUCGUACGGCGAGAUGAAACACUCA